CCGGCGGGAGAGCGGCGGGGCGGCUCGGCACAAGGGCACGCCCGGCGGGCACGGCACGCCUGGCACUCCGGCCGAGCUGACGCGGGGAGGAGGCUCCGGCAGCGCCGCCGUGCCCAUGGACUAGCCGAGGCAGCCGAGGGACCUACGCCGAACGCCGCCUCGCCCUCCGCCCAGCUCGGCGAAACUUAGCGAGCGGGCGCCUGCCCCGAGGCUGUGCCAUAGAAGAUGCACUAUUACCGAUAUUCUAAUGCAGAAGUCAGCUGUUGGUACAAAUACUUGCUCUUCAGCUACAACAUUGUCUUUUGGCUAGCUGGAGUGGCCUUCCUUGCAGCUGGUCUGUGGGCAUGGAGUGAAAAGGGUGUAUUGUCUGAUCUGACAAAGGUGACUGGUCUUCACGGUCUGGACCCAGUGGUGCUUGUCUUGGUGGUGGGAAUAGUGAUGUUUACUUUGGGAUUUGCUGGUUGUGUGGGAGCACUGAGAGAAAACAUCUGCCUGCUGAAGUUUUUCUGUGGAACAAUUGUGUUUAUAUUCCUGUUGGAGCUGGCAGUAGCAGUUAUGGCCUUCCUGUUCCAGGACUGGGUGAGGGACAGGGUAAAAGAAUUCUUUGAGAAUAACAUUAAAUCCUACCGAGACGACAUUGACCUCCAGAACAUCAUUGAUUCACUACAGAGAAUCAACCAUUGUUGUGGUGCCCAAGGUCCAGAAGACUGGGACUUCAACAUCUACUUUGACUGCAAGAGUGAAAGCAAAAGUCGUGAGAAGUGUGGAGUUCCUUUUUCCUGUUGUAUACCUGAUCCUGCUCAAAAAGUUGUGAAUACACAGUGUGGCUAUGAUAUCAGAAAGAAGAGCAAAAGUCAAUGGGAUGAUCAGAUUUUUGUCAAAGGAUGUAUCCAUGCGCUUGAAGCUUGGUUACCCCGAAAUAUCUACAUUGUUGCAGGUGUCUUCAUAGCUAUCUCAUUGCUCCAGAUUUUUGGGAUUUUCCUAGCCAGGACAUUGAUUUCUGAUAUUGAAGCUGUAAAGGCAAGUAAUGCCUUCUGAAUAUGAAAGCAGACCCACGUUGCAAGACAGCGUAUGUUAAGAUGAUUGAUUGGACACCAAGGCAGAAGAAAUGCACAGACCAUGAAAUACUCCUGUUAUUAAAAGCCUUAUGUGGAUUUUUUUUCCCUGCUCAUGGUUUUUGUUAGAAGCUGUUACAAAAAACAAUCACCAAACACCUGCUGUCUACCUUUUUUCUGGCAAGACAACUCAGCGCACCAGCGUUGAUCUCUGAGGAAGAAAUGGAAUUUCCCAAGACAUUGGCAGAGCAGAUUUUAAAGACUGUAGCAGAGAGCCGAGAAACUGCUGUAAACCCUCUCCUUGAAAGAUUGCUAAGGAGAUUGUUCUGUCUUCACUCCUGUCUUCUGUCUUAAAAUGUAAUCUUGUCAAAUGUCACAUGCUGAUUUCUUCAGAACCUUGCAAUCAUGUUAAUCUCUCCAGUAGACUUAUCCAGCCGUUUUUGGCAACAUAUCCAGCAACCAUAAUUGGAAAUUGGGAAAAACAAUCACAAAAUGUCUAGGUCUUUAGUUGAUUUUUAGGUUGUGCAAAUCCCACGCUAUUCUGAAAAAUACAAGCCAGCUCCCCGGAUGGGAAAGAUCUGACUAUCUGUAGCAUUAAGUCUUACAAAUCUCCAUUUCAGGCAAGAGGGUGUAAAGCCCUGAUGCUGUUUCCUGUCUGAGAAAAAUGUAAAUAUUCUUUAUUUAUAGAAGAAAAACCUCUUUAAAAAUGCUUAUCCUUUCAAUGAUCAGUAAUAGCUUUAAAAAGUGCUGCCUGCAUACACUUCAGAAUGCAGCUUGUUUCAGUAGGUAGCAAGCAUGCUGUGCUAGCUGUUGAUGGCUUUUGUUAUUCCUCUAGUUUCUGUCACAACUGCUAUGUUGAUCUUCACAAGUCUUAACUGCCACUACCAGGACUGAUGAAAGACUUACAAAUUCAGUGUUAAUCCUUACUGGAAUAUGUUUUUAAAUAGGGAAGUACAGAUUUAGCAAAAUAUUAUAAAGUUGUUGAAUUUUAAAUUCUUGUAUAAAGCUAUUGAGCCAUCAGUUCUGCCUGGUUCAUGGUUCAAGUGUGAAUCAAAAUGCAGUGAAGCAGAAUAAUUUCUUCAGUCAUUUUCUACAUGAAGCUGAACUAGUCCUUCUUAUGUCAGGGUUUUCAUUUUAAUCAAGAGAAAAGUAAACUCCUCUUCCAGUCCUCCCUUUGUGGGGGUUGUGGAUGGAUCUGUAGGUCAGUAGGAGUUCCAGUCUCUUCUGUAAGACUUUGGUGUUGUAUCUUUAGCUGUAAGGUGAAAGUCUGUGGCCAAAGUGUUUUUAAAAGUAGCUGUCAGUCUUACUGUGGGCCAUAUAACUAACAUCAUUUACUGCUUCCAGUGACACCAGGGUUUUCAGGGAGCAGGUUCACUUACAGUGCCUAACACAGUGUAAAUUUUAGAAAAGUAUCUAUUUUUAUAAUGAUAUUUUACUAUAUGUAGUGUGCCUGAAGGAUUUAAUACUUGUCUUUCUAAAGUAUAUGGCUUUCUUUGGAAGCCGAGCUUUUAAAUAUAUUGUCUUCUUUUUUUUUAUUAUGCAUGUAUUAACAAACAUUUCACUGGCAAAAGUUGAUCAACAGUAAGAAUCUUUGUGUCUGGUAGAUUGUCCAGACAUCCUUCUAGCUUGUAAUCUUGAAGCACUUCAGACAGUGCUCAUGUGUACUUCAGCUUUCAUAGUUCUUUUUCUGGCCAGUGAUUGAGACACAACAGGAAAAGGAAGCUUGUCUAAGCAUGGCUGAUUUCCUUACAAUAGCAGAGAAUAGUCUGCUAUUAACUCAUCUGAAGACCUGAAAGUAAAAUGGCUGGAAGUACACUGUGACUUUUGAAAUUUGGUGUACAACAAGGAAACAAUAGCAGUAGAUCACUGAGGGGAGAGCAAGAGGCAUUUCUUCUGUAAAGCCAUAAAUUUGAGGUCUGUGUUACCUGUUUGUUGAAUCUGAUCCACAAGGAGCAGCCAAAAAUGUGUGAUUGUACUAAAAUUUACAACUUGGUAAGCAGCAGAGCAGUGGCCAGCAAACUGUGCUUUAAAUUCUGGUGCUUGAAACUUUGUAACACCUCAUCAGCCAAUUUACUUGGUUAAGGUUAUGUGUGAUAAUCUGAUGUGUAUGUAAAACU